AUGGGAAACAAUUGCUGCUAAAGGUCUAAAAACCCUUAAGAGCUUUAGUACGGUUAAAGUUUAGAAACACUAAAAGACUAGAUAUCAAAUCCUCAAAGAGACGAUCUUUUAAAUUUUUAAAGAAAAUCAUACUAAAUUAAAGAAGCAGAAAAAAUGUUGAAAAUUAACUCUUUUGAUCCUUCAAGUCAUGCUCUACCAGUAGCACUUUAUCACUGUAUAAAUAAUUACUGCAUUGGACUCAAACCAAGUAUAAAAGAAAUAUACAAAAUUAGUUAAAACUACUCAUAAGGCAUAACUAAAAAUUAUUUUGAUCCUAAAUUUCUAAUUUCUGAAUAUGGUGUAAUAGAAAUUCAAUCUUUAGGUUCUUAGUGUUUUAACUCAUCCUAACUUUCGAAACAAUAUCUUAUAGAAUUUCAGAGUUUAAUGAACUAAGUGCAUUAACAUCCUUACAGGCAAGAAAUAGAUAGCCUAGCUUUUAUAGUGAGAAAGGAGAAAUAAAGCUAUGCGUUUUCGUUUAAACUUAAUUCCUUUAAUAAUCUGAGUCAGAAAAAAGAAUACGUUUUGCAUACUCUUCAUCCUUUUGUUAAAGAAAAGAAUAGCUAUAAUACUUCCUUAAGUAAUGUUUUUUACACAGAUUUCAAAGGUUUCGACUGUGGAGAAUUAAUUUUCGAUGAUAUUGAUGAAUUUUAUGAAUAUCUUGACAGUCUUCUUGUAGAUGAAGAUGAAUAUGAAAAUUAUUGUGAUUAAUAAUAGGUAGUAGGUAUCAAAUUAAAUAGUUAAAACAGUAGUGACUAAAAGAAAACUGAAAAUACAAUUUUCAUUCAAUUAAUUACCUUCCUUUCAAUAAGUAGAAAAAGUUAGAUAAGUUUUUAAAGUGAAAUUCAACCAUUUUAAUCCAAUUAGUAAACUAAUUAAUCUUUUAUUGAUCUGUUAAAUACUCUUGAAUGUGAUGAUUCAGAAUUAGAUAAUCAUGAAAACUAGUAAUAAAGUGAGUAUCUAAGGAAAUCUGUAUUUAACAAUAAUUAAGAAAAAGAGAAUAAAAGAUUUUCAUAUCUAAACACAAAAUCAACGAAUCGAUUCUCACAUAAAUCUCCUUAAAAAUAACUUGAAAUACUUAAAAGUUCAAAUUUACAGAAUCAAUUGUUGAAAUAGCAAACGCCAUAUAAUAAUAAAUAAAGAGAUUCACAGAUUAAAUGA